AAGUGACCGCGCGCUCAAUUGAACUUCGGGACUGAACGGAUCGUUUCUGAUCGGAUUGGAUCGAUUCCCCGGUCUGGCAAACAAAAAAUACCUUUGUGUGUGUGUAAAAGGACAAACGGACCGCACAACUGGGAGCAACGGGGUGCAACAGGGGAAUGAAAGCAGACACGAGCGCAGUGCAACACACCCACAUCCGCAGCGAAGAUGCCGCGCAAACUACUUAAAUUCCUGAUCAUCUUCGACAACACUUCUCUGCUGUACUUUCCCGGCCAGUUCUUGUCCGGACGUGUGCUCAUCGAGCUGCAGGAUGAGACGCCGGCGCUGGGACUGCACUUCCAUGUGGUGGGGGAGGGCGUGGUGCGCAACGGCCGACGCCAGGAGCGGACGUAUGACAAGGAGAACUACAUUGACUUCCGCAUGCGACUGCUCGGCGAUGUGGACCAGGGAGGUCCGGCCAUACUCUCGCCGGGAAUACACAGCUUCCCUUUCAAGCUAGGCCUGCCAUUAGGCCUGCCAUCGACGUUCCUGGGCCGCUACGGCUGGAUUCAGUUCUACUGUAAGGCGGCGCUGCGCGAAAACAACGGCAUCAUACACAAGAACCACCAGGUGUUUAUAGUGAUGAACCCCAUCGACCUGAACCUGGAGAAACCGAUUUUGGCACAACCGUUCACCUGCGAGGUGGAGCAUAAGCUCGGCGUCGUCUGCGUGGGCGGAGGUCAGAUCAAGUGCCGAGUGUCCCUGGAUCGCGGUGGCUACGUGCCCGGAGAGAACAUUCUGGUCACAGCGUUCAUCUCGAACUACAGCAAUGUGUCCAUUAAGCGCACCAAGGCGUCCCUCACAGAGACAAUCGAGUACUUGGCGCGCGGCAAGGUGCUGCAGACGGAGAAGCGGGAGCUAGCCGUCCUGGUGCGCGGAAAGAUACGUCCGGGUGGGAAGGAUGAGUGGCACAACGAGAGCUUGUAUGUACCGCCGCUGCCGCCGACCAAUUUGCACGGUUGUCACUUGAUCAAAAUAUCCUACGAUGUGUUCUUUGUGAUCGAGCCCAAGUCGAUGGAGAAGGAAAUCAAGCUGCAGCUGCCCAUUGUACUGGCGACCUAUCCAUUCCGGAACAACUCCGGCGAUGCAGCCAAUGCCAACACGUGGCCAGAAUCGGUGCUAAAGCCGGACACGCAUACGCAUUACCCCUCAACGUUGCCCAUAUUUCGACCAUGGAUGCACGAGAAACCGAGUGAAGCAUAGCAGCACACACAAACACACACACACAUUCAUAGUUCUUGUUAACAACAAAUUGCGCCAUAAACUAAUUUAAACCUACAAUUUAACUUGUGUGUACUGUUUCCAAUGUGUUGAGACUUACGACUUACCUUUUUUUUUUUGCUAUUUAG